GAAUUGAUCCAGAAGGAAUUGGCAUAUUUCCAGAACUUCUAGAAUGUGCCACAUUUUACACAUAUCUCCGACCUCAGUCCUCCCGCAUUAAUGUACGCGCUCUGUCUCACCGCCCCCAAGACGUAACCAGAACUGUCCCCCUUCCUAACACGGCAAGCGUUCUCUUUCUCCGAUGCGCGUACGUGACGAACCCGCAUUGUUUGGUAACAAAGUGGACCUGGAUCUGUUCACGUGUAGACAGGAGAAUGGCUUGUUGCUUGACAGUGUGGAUCUGCUAACUACCGAGUCAUGCCACGUUGGGUGCUAGCGCCGGGAAUCGAUGGCGCAAAGAUUCCGCCGAACGGGUUAUUUCCUAUGGGAUUUUAGAACAAGUGCACUUAAAUCUGCAUGCUGGAUGCGACAUUACGAUGCAACGUGGACGAGCUGUCAAAAACACCUGAUGUGAUAAUGCAUUUCACUGCCGCGAUAUGAUCCUCGCGCCUUCGCCUUCGCCUUCACUAUUGAGACAUGGAAGGGGAGUUGUCUCAGAGACUGGAAUACUUCUAGAAUACGGAGUUGUCUGUCAGGGCUGUUCACUGAGACAUUUAACAAACCUGCAUCAAAAAACCCCUUGGCCGAACUCCCUUGGUGUUGGGCCGUCGGCAGCGAAACCCACCACACCGUCACGACGAUCUGCAUAACAAACUUCUCGAUCCAAGACACGUCCCCGAUAAUCAAGGAGGGGCCAAGUGGAUCGUCACCACCAGUUCAACUCGUGCAUCCCUGUUUUCUAGCUCUAGACCCCAGUUGAUAUGCCUCAAACAACCAGAAAGAAUUGCAGAACCAACACGCAUACUGCAAGACAAAAUGAUGAUUCUUUCAAUCAUGUACUGAUGUCCCUCGGUUUUACUAGCUGCGCUUUUUAAUCCGCUGUCUCUGAUCUGUGAUGAAAAUGAAGUUAUAAAAGGAAGCUCGUGAACCGGCCUAGUAGGGAUCCAUCAGACGCUCAGACUCUCCUACCCUCGUAAACCAUCAAGUCAUACCUAAUCUCCCCUUGUCGAUCGAAAUGUCUUUCCCCUUGUGUCUACCCUGGCCUCAGCGAGCCUACUGGGGCGAGUUUGACCUCGACGGGCUCAAGAUAAAACCUAGAGACCGUGCCCUACACGAUUCAAGUUCCACCACCGAUAUCCCCCCGUACUUCUGGGGCAAGGGUCUCCGGGGCCGUGGGCUCGGGAGACUCCUCACCCGAAGGACUGCCAAGCCCAGACAUUCUGGGUACGCUGAAGCUAGAAGUCUGAUCGGACGCGGUACUGUUGAUGAUCUCCAGCGACUCUCGUAUCAAGCAAGCACUUUCGUUAUUGAAGUAUUUGAAGAUAUUGAAGAUGCUUCUGGUGCUUCGUCAACUGAAUCCUUGUCGUCAGGUCCCAGAGUAACUCACCUAAGACUCUCCCCUGAGCUAGAGGCAUGGAAAUCCUCCCAGCAUGCGAUCGGCAAUGUCUUGCCGCCCAAAGGCGCUGGGUUGAGCCCUGUAUCCCAAGAGAUCCUCCACAUCCUUGGCGCAGAGGAUUGGCCUGAAGCUCUCAAGACGACGAACGCCCUGUUUGGAUGCGGUAUCGCUAGUCUUCUCAUGGGUGCUGCUGAUUCAACCACCAUGUUCUCCAACUACGUAACCGACAUGGCGUUCUAUUACGAACACGGAUACAACUACGUAUUUCCCAACCUUGAGCCGCUGUUGGAGAAGGGUCUUAAUGAUCCUCAUGCGCUACGAACCCCUGGCGGUCGAGAGCGUCGCGAUGCAGUGGCCAUUGGCAAGCGAUACAUCCAGGGCAAGAUCGCCCUUGAGAAGAAGCACAAGGGCCAUCUGCUGAACCGCUCUGCGCGUCUUGAUCGACGAACUGCUCAGAUCGUUUCACUGUCUGAGAGUAGUCUUCUUGGCAUGGCGGCUGAGGCUACGGCACGAGGCUUUGACCCUGGCGCUGUCAUGGCCGAUCUUGUGUUUAGUUCACCAGGUACCGAUGUCGUUGACGUUGGAUGCGACCUUGUCAACUCAGAGGUCAUGAACUCGUUCUUGAAUGUCACUGAUAUCACGGAUACUGGUGUUGUGAGUGAGGAUGUUUUGAGGAGAAUCUAUGAUGCGUAUGCUGUUAUGGGCGCGAGGAUGCUCACUCAGCGUUGGCACGAACCUGUUGCGAGGAUGUGUGCUGCGCUGUAUACAUGGCAUAUCCAGAACGAUCGACAUAUGUUCUUCCGUCGUGCUUUGUUGGGUUGGUCGAAGGCAAGGAAGACGCCUGCUCAGCCUCAGAGUGAGGGCGAUUUCGAUGAGGUGUUCGACAAGCAAUUCCGUCUGACUGGAUUCUCUCGUCCUCUCGAGGCCAAGUACGCUUGCAACGGGGAAGACACCUGCGAUCACGUCCACGACCAUCUUGCGCGUUACCAAGAAGAGCCACUUCUCGAAGAGCUCUGGUGGUACCUCGUCACUGGCCCACUCGAGUAUGUCCGGGGUGGCAAGGUUGACGAGGCUCGCGAAUUGGAAUUAGCCGAAGGGUCGAGGCUACGAAUGGCCAAGCUUUUCGCUAAGGGUCGGGUAUUGGAGAUGGUCUGGUUGAUUGCCCAUGCGAACCAUCACGCUUGGCAGGUCAACUACUUGUUUGAGGCUGCCAUGUUUGGUAGCAUUCUUGAUGGCGGGAAAUUGAUUGGAAAGCUGGAUAGAAAGGAUCAAUGAUUAUGGGCCAUGAUGCGAUGAUGAUUGGAUGAUUUACGGACUGCGUUGUGUUUUCUAGAGUUGCUUGAUUAUGAUAUCUCUUAUGUUUAGUACAGAUUACGAAUUGUUCUUCCAUAUUAUUUCACUGAGCCUUCAAUGGUAAAAUAUCUUUGUGAUCAUCCAUG